AUGGCAUCCACUGACCUUUGUGCCGUUCGACGCUUAGGUCUUCUAGAGACUGGGUCUUCCGCCUAUCAUCUAAUGGGACUAUAUCGUUGCGUUGUUGUAUCAGCACGAUAUGCACUCCCUCCGGACACUUCUCCUUCAAAUGAUGCUAUACUCGCAGCCAUGGGAAAUCUGAUCAACGAUAACCCUAUACUGCGAGUAGGCAUCCAAGGUGAAGGUGACAUAAAAGCCUUCUUUACUCAUAUUACUGAGAUGAAGCUCCACGAUUUUGUCGAGUUUCGCACUUGCUCCGAGGAGAAUUAUGAGAAGGCUUUGGAAGAUGUUCAUUGCUGGUGUCAUGACCAGUUCUGGCAGGAUAUCGAGACUCGGCCUCCGUGGCGGGCGAUUGUCCUCAGACCAGGGGAAACACCUGGUUUUGAAGAUAUAGUUUUUGCAUUUCAUCAUUCUCUUAUGGAUGGCAUGAGCGGCAGGUUGUUUCAUGAGAAGCUUCUUGCUCAUCUGAACGAUCUUCCUCCAAACCCAUCAUCCCAGGACGUUCUGCAAUUCCCGGAACUACCAACCCUCCCUGAGCCUCAAGAAAAGGUUAUCGACUAUACAACCACUCUAGGCUUCCGGGUCUCCAAGUUCUGGGCUAGAAACCGGCCUUCUUUCCUUACACCCGCGCCCAAACCGAUUUGGUUUGGUGAACCCAUCGACUUUGAUCGCCCGCAUAAAACUCGUCUGCGUUCUGUAGAUAUCCCAGCUGAAGUGGUGUCGAGUGCCCUUGCAGCUGCACGUUCUCACGGAACCUCCAUUACUGGUCUUUUGCACACUCUCAUCUUGGUAUCGCUAUCACGGCAUGUCCCAGAUGCACCAGGCUUUGCGUCUUCUACACCUAUGAGUAUGCGCCCGUAUAUAUCCCCUAGUGCCGACCCUUCUCUCAAAGAAGCGUUGUUUGGAUGCGUGACUGGCAUGAACCACGAGCAUCCUCCAUCAGAAACCUCCCACUUUCGAAACCCACAGGGUGAUAUAGAUGAUCAUAUCUGGUCCUACGCAAGAAAGGUCAGGACCGAGCUCAAAGAAAAGGCAUCCACAUUCCCAGUCAACGACGACAUCCAGGCUUUGGCCAGCGUUACAGAUUGGCCAGCACUACUGCAAAAGAAAGACGGCAAGCCGCGCCUCCGAUCAUGGGAACUUAGCAACGUUGGUACUCUUGCUCCUGUCGAUGGGGAAAGGAGUAUUUCGCGUGCGCUGUUCACGAAUGGGGUCAUGGUAGCUAGUGAUCCCAUGAGUAUUAGUGUGGUGAGUGUUAAGAACAGUUCUUUGACACUGGGUAUAACAUGGUGUGACGGUGUUGUCGAUGACAAAGUCAUGGAGAAUUUAGCACAAGACUUAGAUGUGUUUAUGAAGCGACUGCAUGAGGUGGGAAAGAUUAGUGAUGCUUAA